AAAAAGGCUAGACUCGAGCUCCCACCAGCCUCAAUACUGUUAUUCUCUGUAUUUCGCUGCAGCCCAAUCCAUUCCGUCAGCAUAGGAGAGCACCAACGUCUUUCUCCGACUGAACCUGUGCUCAUCGUCAUUCUCCCAGCGCCCAUGUUUGUACGGCAUUGAACAAGACGACAAGCGCAUUAGGACAUGCUUGGAAAGGGAUCCUUUGCGCCAUGGCUUUCAGAAUCAAUAUCCCACCAGUCACCCGAGCCCUUCUUGCCAUCAUCAUCGCCUUGACCUUUCUCUACAACGUCGCGCGAUGGAGGAUCCUGCAGGAAAGCCUCGGAGAAACCACUCCGCCAACAGAGCCCCUUCCUCGACUCAUUGUCCCCUACCUAGCCCUCAUACCAUCUCAAUCCAUUCGGUACCCUUGGACGUUGCUUAGCUCCGCCUUCGUCGAGCAGAAUGGCUUCACACUCCUAUUUCAAGGAGCUGCCGUCUACUUUGGUGGGAAAUAUCUUGAAAGAGCUUGGGGAUCACGAGGCUUAAUCUAUGUUGUUCUCAUUGCCACCAUAAUACCCAACCUGUUGGCUAUCCCUACAUACAUUUUGUGGGCUGCCGUGACUGGCAAUCCUGAAAGAGCGUCCACACCCAUCAAUGGAGGCAUCACCUUGCAGGCAGCAUUCCUUGUCGCCUUUAAACAAUUGGUGCCCGAACAUACCGUCAGCAUAUAUAAGGGCAUGAUCAAGAUGCGAGUCAAGCAUUUCCCAGCCGUCUUUCUUGCAGUGAACACCCUCUCCGGCCUCUUCCUCGGCACCGACACAGCACUCAUUCUCGCCUGGUACGGGUUGAUCACAACAUGGACUUACCUACGAUUCUUCAUGCGUCAACCAGAUCUAUCCGAGACGACCACGGACGGCCAGGGCCUCAAGGGGGAUGCAAGCGAGACCUUUGGGUUUGCGACAUUCUUUCCGGACGUCAUGCAGCCACCCAUUGCGGCCAUGUGCAACCAAGUAUUCCUCGUGUUGUGCAACCUUAAGGUAUGCACACCUUUCUCGGACGAAGAUAUCGCAACGAGCAAUGAGCAAGCUGCUGCCAGAGGUGAGGGUGGUCUGCCCAGUUUCAACAAACAAGCACGAGGAGCGAGAGGGCUGAGCAAACGGGAAGAGGCGGAACGACGCAGGGCACUGGCACUUAAGGCGCUGGACGAAAGGCUCAAUGCUGCUAGCAGUCGGCCAGCACCCCUACCGGCAACGCCAACGACUGCACCCAAUCUGCCUCAGGGGCAGGAGAUGUUGGGCCAGACUGAUUAUCGACCGGAUGCCUGAGUUGCUUUUUGUAAUUGGUUGACGCUUUUGCGACCUGGGAGGUUGUUUCCAUAUAUAUUGGCUUGGGCCCUUGAUGGCUGUUUAAUCAUUGCUAGCCGGCUGGGUGUCCGGCGCAAACAUCCUUUCGUAUGAGACUUUCCCCCGGAGGCCCGGAGGGAUUCUGAGGUUGCAUCCUCGC